AUGAAAUUAAGGGUGCGAAAUCUCCGUCCUGAAGAUUUUGGCUCCUAUACUUGUGUUGCCAAAAAUUCUCUAGGAGAAACGGAAGGAACCAUUAGACUUUACGUUCCACCAAUGAUAUGGAUACCUAAUCAGUUGAUAGGAGCUCCCUUAGGAACUGACGUCACUCUAGACUGCAAUUUGGAGUCACAUCCACGAUCUGUGACAUACUGGACCAGAGAGGGUGGAGUCAUGAUCCUUUCUAAUGCCAAAUACGACAGCAUGCUACUACCCACUGGAAUUUAUAAAGUGCAAAUGAAAUUAAGGGUGCGAAAUCUCCGUCCUGAAGAUUUUGGCUCCUAUACUUGUGUUGCCAAAAAUUCUCUAGGAGAAACGGAAGGAACCAUUAGACUUUACGAAAUCCCACCUCCGUCUUCAACAUCUUCUUCCCAAGGUCCAGAAGCCUUCCAUGCCAAGUCAGAGAAGUUACUAAAUGGCCACCCACCGAGUGCUAUGUCCAGACCAGCAGAGAAAGGUAACACAGUCACUGCACUUAAUCCUAUUCUAGUCCUUUGACAGGAACCGAGAAAAAGUCCCAAUUUUCAUCUCC